AACAAUGUCUGCAUCCAUUGCAAGGCAAAUUGAAGCACUCGAGGAGAAAAUCGAAGCACUCGAGCAGCAAAUCGAAGCAUUCAAGAAGCUAAUUGAAGAGGCAAAAGAUCCAGGGGAGAGGGAGGAGCUGCGGGACGAGAGGCAGCAGCUGCAGGACGAGAGGGAGCAGCUGCAGGAUAGACAGCAUCAGCUGUGGGAAGCCUUGUUGAACCAGACCACCCCGGCGGCGAUAACACUUCAAGCUGCGCCAGUGUCCAAGUUGCUGGAUGUAUACGGAGAAAAACUGCAGCGCGCAAGGUGUUUUCACCGGAUGCCUGAGAAGAGGGUGCCAACCUGCAAGUUGCCUCUGGACAGCGGUGGUUUAUGUACGGACUUGGGAGAAUAUUUUACUUUGGUCGGAAGGGAGGAGACGAUUCAGCAUCUGAUGGCAGCCGCUGCAAGGGUGUUUGGAACUUUCAUGAACACGACGGCCAAUGCCUCGGAUAUUGAACAAAGAGAGUUCUUGUUGAUGCUCAUCGGAUUUCCCGGCGCAGGUAAAACAACUGUCGGGACAUGCCUCUCAGCUCUUCUCAGAGAAGCGUGGGAGAGGGACACAAAAACAGGGGAUAUAGAUGGCCUUGUAGAGGAUCAGCUAGGCGACAAAGGGCUUGUGAAGCAGUUCAAAGAAAUGGUGAACAACGUGUUGGAGACCGGCAGAGAACUUACAAUGUAUCAUUCGGUUGAAACUACGAGGGCAGGGCAUGUAACUCCCCUGGAGAACGGCCUGGCGGCAGAACAGGUUUUGGCCCUUCGGUGCUUUCAUGCAGCUCUUUGUCCAGUGAAUACUACUGGUUAUGGCGGCUUUCUCAGGCAGUUGGAUGACAAAUUUCCAGGCCUGAGGGAUGUGCUGACUUUGGGAGAUGUGAUCGACUUCAUUCGAACUGGACUUAAGGUUCCUGCAGAUAAGCGAAUUUUCCUAUCUUGGUUUUUUGAUGACGUGAACAAGGCCCAGCCUCAGCACGGCGGCCCACCCACAUCGUCCUGGAUUCAUGAUGCUUUUUCGGCCUACGUUCAACAUAUCAAAGACAACCGAGGUGGCCUGACGUUUCCUAUACUUACAGCAGCAACGACCGAAUUUGCCGGGGCCACAAUGCGCUACACGUCAACGGAGAAGGCUCUAAGUAUUUUUAUACCUAUCAGGCCUUUGAAAGAGCAGGAGGUGGUCAGAGUUACGAAAAUCUUCCUUACAAGACUAGGAAAUACUCUGGACAUGGAGAAACCAUUUGAGCUAAAGGACGGACUAAGGAACCUGAUAAAGUUAUCAGGAGGGAAUCCUCGCAUGCUUGUUCACCUUUUGAGAGGGUUGAUGGCUGACCUGGAUGCUUCAAAGUUCUAUGAAAAGGUGAAUCAAGAUCUCACUCAAAUCGAUCUCCGUAACACAAUAACGACCGCCUGGGGUAAUAUCAAACGUGGGUUUUAUUAUCGGUACCUUAAGGACGGGAAGUAUUUGUUGGUGUUACGAGCUUUUUAUGUUGCGCUGCUGGGGACCCUGAUCAGUCGGGAAGAACUAGUCUGGCCAGGUAGCAGAUACGAAGAUAACUGGGGGUCUUUAGAGUCUUACGGUUUAGUUGGACUCUUACGCAACGAGGAGCUGUCAUCUAACAAGAAGAUUAAAUUAUCAAGAGAUGAAGAUGCUGCUUUCUCCAUCAUGUUCUCUCCACUCCUCAUUUACCAUCUCGUUGAGAACCUACAUGUGGCGGAGCUCCAGGAUUUGUGUCCAUCUAAACUAAUCUCUAAUCCCAAAAACAAGGAGGUAUCUGAUCUGAUGUCCAUUGUGUUGAUGAUCUAUAUGUUGCGGCUUUUUCAUGAUCAUGAGGGGAAGGGAACAGUAUUUGAAUUUAGACUCCAGGAAAUUCUUCCUUCCAAUUUCUGCAUUCCUGCAACUAUGCAAACUUUGAAGUUCCAGGUGCCAGCUGGUGCAAAGUUUGGACGUCCGACACAUCAGCCUCAUCAGAUAUAUACAGCAGACGUAUUUCAAGCCUUCCUAAGAGACAACAGUCAGCAGUUUUAUUGGGUUGGUGUUGGCAACCACGGACCUGAUAGCUUCAUCCAUCUGCAGCUGGUGGAUGCUGAGAAUAAGCUGCAAGAUUUCUUUUUAUUUAUUGAGAGCAAACACAGGGAUGUUUAUGAAGGACAGCAAGCCAAUUGGGAAGAAAACUUUGAGAAAAAAAUAUGGACAAUAAAGCAAUGGAUGAAUGAAGGUUUAUUAGGUGCUGCGUGUUUUGAUCUCGUCUACAAACCUAGUAAUGAGCAAGAUGACAGUUUUGAUGAAGAGCCCAGCACGAAGAGGAGUCGUUGGUGUUUCUAA